AGAGAUUGGUGAUGAUAAAUUUAUCAUAAAAUUAAGAUGGACCACUAAGCGAUCACAAAUCUAUUGCAAUUCGUCGUCCAUAGUGAAUCGUAAAUGUAAUUUUCUUAGACCUCAUCAAUGCGUAGCAGAAUGUUUGGGUUUUAUUCAUUAAGAAAAACUAUUUAUUGUAUUCAAUUAUAACAUGUCGGCUUUACUGUUACCAUAAAUGUGUCCACAGGCUCACUUAAUGAGGCUGAGGCUUAUGAAUCUUCAAAUCAAAGACAUAAUGAAGAACCCUUUUUUACCUUUCCAAACGAGAAAAAGAGGAACAUGCAUGAUUUCUACAUAAUUACCUAAUUAUUUUUUAAGCUAAAAUAUUAUUUCAUUUAGUCAAAUGGUUCAUUUAUUUAUUUUAUAUGCACCGUAUAGCUUGUAUAUAAAUAUAUCCACUCUAAUUCUUUUUGCCCUUUUAUCUAACGUCGCUAUUUAUAACAAUCCAACUUUUGCUUUCCUCCAUAUUAUAUCCCCAUCAAACAAACAAAAACAAUAUUUGACCAAAAAUAGACAAAUGAUCAUGAAGGGUUUGAUGAUAUUGGCUUCUUCUCUCCUAAUUCUUGCCUUCAUACAUCACUCGGAAUCAGCUUCAAUGCGGAGUUUGCUGAUGAAGAAUGGAUCAUAUGAAGAAGACGAAGCACGAGUUUUAAAGUAUGACACUAUGGGAACCAUCGCUAACUCUUCUGCUUUAGACUCAAAAAGGGUUAUUCCCACUGGUCCAAAUCCACUUCAUAACAGGUAACUUUGAUCAUUGAAGUUGAAGAACAAGAUAUGAUAUGUAUCUAUCUUUUUGUGUAUUGUAAUGAUUAAUAUAUAAGGACAUUUCCUAAUUAAGUUUGAUUAAUUACUCGAUAUUCUUUGCCUUUUAACACAUCUUUGUUUGAUACUACGGUACUUGUUUAAAGUGAUUUAAGGAUA